CGUCGGAGUAAAAGGCUGCUGCAUCAGCGGCAGCCUCCCAACAGAGCUCCCCGUGCCGCCAUGGAGCUUGUGCGCCGCUGAGCCGCAUCCAGCGGAGGGCGGCUCGAUAGAGUGACUCUUGCGUUUUUCCACGCCGUGAUACUGGGGCGUGUUGUUUACCUUCUAGAGAUAGAAAGAGUCGCUUGGCGGAGAUUUGCUCGACAUGCAAGAGGAGGAUAACUAUUGGCGUGUGACAGGCAGCAACAUCUGCAGCUCAUCGCAAUAAAAGGAUGAGCACUGCAGCUCUGCUGCACUGACUGGCGACAUGCGCUGAAGACAACCCAGCAGCCAUCAUGAAAGGGUUAGGAGCCAACCGCAGUCGACAUCUCUCUGACUCGUGUGAGCCGGCAGGGUGCCCGCAGAAACCUCUCUGCCCUUUGACCUCUGACCCUCACUGCUCUUUUAUGUUGAGCCCAACCAUAAACCACUAUGGCACCCUAGAUCCUCACCUCCACCAGUAUCCUCCAACUAGCCCGACCACCUUGGCUUCAGAGUGCCUGCUGCCUUUCAACCAGAUGUCCAAUAGUGGCACCUUCCCUCGUCUGAGCUUCAUCCCGCAGACAGAGCAGUCGGACUUUCCCCAGGGCUGUGCUGGAGGCGGGCAGGGCAGCCGGGCAGGUACGCUCUCCACUUCUUUAUCGAUGGGUAUGGGCCUCGGCUUGGGUCUCACCGGUGCUCCCAUGAUCACGAGCGGCUCGGCCACCAUCUCCUCUGCUGCGGCGGCCAAAAUGAAUCGAUUACCAUCCAACAUCUUGGAUCAACUCGAAAGGCAUCUGCCACUGCAGCGGGACGGAUUCAGCACUUUGCAGUUUCACAGAGGACGCAUGUCCAAACAACGUAGUGAGAGUCCAGGACGGAUACGCCACCUGAUGCAUUCUGUGCAGAAGCUCUUUGCCAAAUCUCAAUCCCUGGAAAACUCUUCGGUUAAAGGAAACGCAAUCACCGGAGCCAGCGAGGACGGUGGUAGAGCGACCCACAGGAGCAAGAGUAAAGAUAGGGCUAAGACUGAAGGAUCAAAGCAGAAAUCAAGGCCAAAUGCAUUAGGCCUGUGGAGCUCCGACAACGCUCUUGACAGUGAUACGAGCAAAGCUGGCACUAUUGCUGUCGGGUACCGAAACCCCUUGUGCAUGAUGACACUCGGUCGAGCAGUAUCGGACAGCCAGGCCCACCCGAGACAUAUCCCACAUGGCUACAACACCAUUUCUGCACAUUCUCUCAAGUCGUCGAAAAGCAGCAGUGACCUCAAGCUCCUGGGCUGUCCGGUAUCACAAGUUGGAUCAAAGGAAGAGGAGGAACGAGCUCGAAGCAAAGAUGAUACAUCGGUGAAGAGGGGAUCCUGGUCUAAUCUCACCCUCAAUCAGGCCCGGCAAGUGUUGCAGAAAGGCUCCGCUACAGUGAACAGGACACUUUUAAAAACAAAGUCGUGUCACCAAGAUUUGGCUAACCAGUUCCUUCAGGUAGGAGUACCAGUUCCUCUUGGGGACUGGUCUUGCACUUUAGGACCCGGCCGGGCAAAAGGAACAGAAAUCCCGUGUCGGAGGAUGCGCAGUGGCAGCUACGUAAAAGCAAUGGGAGACAUGGAGGACAGCGAUGACUCAGAGGGUAGCCCCAAACCUUCACCCAAAUCUGCAGCUCGUCGCCAGAGCUAUCUGAAGGCCACUCAGCAGUCCUUCAGUGAACAACAGCCUCCUCCACCUGCACGCAAGCCUCGUUGCUACGCUCUCAUGCGGGAGGAUUUUCUUUGGGCUCCACUACAGAGUGCAUGCUCUAUGCAGCAUCUGAGCUCUCUGCCCUCUCUAAAAGAGCUGUCCACAAAUCGGAGCCUGGACAACUUAGACUGCCUGGUGAGCCCACUCGAGACAUCACCGGGACAUAAAGAUUUCAGCUAUUAUCCCGCUACUUUGGCCAGAGGACCCUCCGCUCAGCGUGUGAAUCUGCACACGAUCUUUCAGGUAUGCGGGCGUGGCUUUGGGCACUCCGUUCCGCACUGCGAGGGGGAAUCACAGGCAGUAGACGCCUUGGACCUUCCUGCACCUAGCUGCUUCAGGUCAAGAAGUCACAGCUAUCUGAGGGCCAUCCAGGCUGGUUGCUCCCAGGAUGAAGAUACGGCCUCUGUGGACUCCGACUCACCACCGCCCACCGCCAAAAGCUACAACUCAAACACCAUCAACAAUAGGAAAGCUCCACCUCCAGUCCCACCCCGCACCACCUCCAAGCCUCUCAUCUCAGUGACACUUCAGAGCAGCACAGAGUCGGCCCAAGACACAUACCUUGAGCAACAAGACCACGUCAGUGAAGCCCUCAGCCAAUCAGAACACAGCAAUUCCUCUGAGAGUCUCUGUAGCAUCCUCACUAGCGAUCUGGUUAAGAGGAAGCAGGCUCCUACUUCUGAGCCUGCUGCUGCCGCCCCUGCACCCGCCGCAGCCUCUGUGGCCCCGGUUCCAGCUCCUCGUGACCUUCCACCCACCACCUCUUCCACUGCUUCAACAUUUAUUCAGCCCCAAAAUGACACCCUGAGCCUCUGCGUCACUUUGGAGCAGCUCCCCACUGCACCCAAGCGAAAGCUAUCUUCUAUUGGAAUUCAGGUGGAUUGCCUUCAACCUGUUCCAAGAGAGGAAAUCUUAGCUUUGACUGCCCCUCUAAAAUUCCAGUCGAUUGGAGUUCAAGUGGAGAACGGCAGGCCCCUUAGCCGGGACAGCAGCAUGGCCUCCAGACAAAACACAGAGACUGAGCCUCAGGAGCACCACGAAGCCGCACCCUCCGAAAGCAGCAUAGCCAACGGCACCGGCCCCAAAACCACAAAUUGCAAUGCAAAGGACACAGCCACAGAACAGACGUCUUUUAAACAAAGCUCAGUUCCAUCCCAAACGUCCGCCCCGCCCUCUCUGACACUGGACCCGGCUUUGGAUCCUUCGUCACUGCCGCCACCAGAUCCUAGCUUGGCGAGCGGAAACUGCAACGCCCAAGGAGACACGGCACAAGGCGGCACGCCGGCUUGCCUCCGAGACGGGAACUGGUUCCUGAAGCUGCUGCAGGCGGAAACGGGUCGCAUGGAGGGCUGGUGUCAACAGAUGGAGCAGGAGACCAAAGACAACAAGCUGUCAGAGGAAGUAUUGGGGACGAUCCGCAGCGCAGUCGGCAGUGCCCAGCUCCUCAUAUCAAAAAAGUUUGAGCAAUUCAGGGGGCUAUGUAAUGAAAAUCUGAACGUGAAUGCCAAUCCACGGCCAACGGCGCAGGACCUCGCCGGGUUCUGGGAUCUACUGCAGCUCUCAAUAGAAGACAUCAGUAUGAAGUUUGAUGAGCUCUACCAAUUGAAAACCAACAACUGGCAACUUCCUGAGAAAUCAGAGGUUGAAAACAAGCGGCUCCCAUCAUUCGUGCCAAAGAAGCAAUCGAAGCUCAGGCUGUCGGCCGGCAAGGACAGAAGCGUGGACUCCGCUGUGGACAAGCAGCGACAGGAAGCCAGAAAACGCUUGAUGGCAGCCAAGCGCGCCGCGUCUGUGCGGCAGAACUCGGCGACGGAGAGCGCCGACAGCAUCGAAAUCUAUGUCCCGGAGGCACAGACUCGCCUUUGAGCGGGCCAUCACUCGUCAUCCACGUCUCCACUGACUCCAGCGACUCAAUCCCAGACCGAACUGAUGCAUCGGUUCUACAUGGGGAUCCGAACAUUGGACAGAGAAAUAACCAUGCAAGCUGUUUCAUAGGAUGAUUAUUGACAUUAUGAUCGUGAUAUUCUCCCCAAAUAUAUCAAGCCCGUCUGAAAUGUGCGAGUACCUUCCAGACAAGGACACGGUGAAGAAUCUUGGUAUCGCAGAAGUUUACCGUCUCUCAACUCUCGGGAGUGGACCGACAAGUUGUGGCUGCCUGGUUUACGACGUGAGCUACCAUCCCCAUACACUCAGGAUACACUUGCAGGCGUACUCACUGACCACAGAGUCUUCCUGUUCUCUAUUUGUAUAUGGCUGCCACUCUUUGGCUGUAUGUGUAAAAGUUAUGCGAUGAGGUUUGGAGUGCAGAGAACCAGAGGAAGGCAGUAGCAUAUAUAUAUAUAUAUAUAUAUAUAUAUAUAUAUAUAUAUAUAUAAUAACAACACUAUUAAGAUGUUCAUUUUGUAAAUGUUGUAUACCUGAUUAUUUGGUAGAACGAGCUGCGUGUUCAGUACCAAGGUAGUUUUUUUUAAAUAGAUCAAGUCCAUGUACUGUCAGGAUAUAUUAGCACCCGAAGCAAUGAUUUUUGACUUCACUCCCCCCAUACCUUCUCUCACAAACGCACUCUACACAUUUUGUGUUUGUGAUUAUCGUCAUUUAAGUCUUAACAGUCCUUGGGUUUGUUUCUUAGGUGGUAUUUUUGGGAGCAUUGCUCAGCCAAUGAGCUUUGGGGCAAUGAAUGUAUAGCACGUAUGCAUUUUGCAGCUCAUUCCAACUUGAUCACUGCACUUUCACCUCAGAUCAAGUUUUCCUUGUCUUUAUUUUGUUCGCCCAAUCAUUAUGACUUUAGCUGCAACAUGUGACGUAGGGGGACCAAGCCACCCACCCACUUGAUAAGUCAUUCCCAUUCAACCAGACAAGUGUGUGGGAGUUUUCAGACCACUGGGAAGGAAAUGGAAACGCAAUAACAAAAUGGAGUUUCAUCAGUGCAUGCAGUGCAGGACAUGCCCAGUUUUAAGUGCUUUAACUCUUGGCCACGGAAGGCUUUCUUGGCAUGAAGGAUGAAUGUUUCCUUUCACAUCUUUAUUCACUUGAAUCUCAGGUUGAAAGCUUAAAGUCGGCAGUAAGAACCACUAUGAAUCAAAUGGAAAUUUUUAACAAUCGCAAAUGCGAACCAAGUAAAUUAUAAAAAUGUUUUUAACCGACAAGUUGGUGCAUGCAUAGAUUUUGGUGCAAAGCACAGACAUUGUUUUCCUACCACUUUUCACUCCCACCCGUGUUUAGAACAUGAAUAACUGUGGUUUCCCCUUCCCUAGUAUGACACAUCUUAUGACUUCUAGCUCAAACGAGGUGAGUGUAAUUAUAAUCACCUACGGUGCUGCAAGGGAUUUCCUUUUGUGCCAAGGAAGUAGUGGUCACCAACAUCUGUGUCAUUUGAAUAUGUUUUUAUUAUUUAAUGUACUUCUGAGUCUUAGCAAAGGUUGUUUGCAAAAAUACCAAUGGUACGCGUGGAAUCUGACACGAAGCCCAUUUGAAGGAUCGAGCCACUAAUCAGAUGUGACUCGCCCCCUACUGGUCAGUCCCCGCGUUACACUUCAAUGUUCUCGUCCUGCCCAGUAACAUUGAUUUGUCAAUGUUGGCAAUGCAUCCCAUUCUUGUUGAUUUUAUUUUAUUUUUUUUAAUUUGUAUGACAUCAACAGCGGACAUGUGCGUUUCAUUGUCCAAAGAAAUCAUUAAACAUCCCUUUGCUACA